GAGCUGUAAACAAGAAUCUUUCAUUGCUGUCCAAGUUCAGAUUUUGAAGACAAGAAUCAACUGUUUUUGGUAGCUUACAGCUCAGUUUGGAAUAUAGAACAAAACUCUAUUAACCUUAAUUAGUUUAGUGAAUAGAAAGGAAAGAAGUCUAAAAUGGGGUUAUUUCCAUGGUCAAAAUCAUUUGGGGUGGUGUUAUUUCUUGUAUUGGUUUCUCCAGUGAGUGGUAUAGGAGCUAAUUGGGGAACUCAAUCAACACACCGUUUGCCUCCUGAAAUAGUAGUGAGAAUGCUAAGAGAAAAUGGGAUCCGGAAAGUUAAGCUAUUUGAUGCAGAUUAUGACACACUUAAAGCUUUAGGGAAAGCUGGUCCUGAACUUGAAGUUAUGGUUGGUAUUCCUAAUGAUUUGCUUUCCACUUUGGCUAGCUUGAAAGCUGCUGAGAAAUGGGUUUCUAAAAAUGUUUCUGUCCACAUCUCUAAUAACAAUGUCAACAUCAGGUAUGUUGCAGUUGGAAAUGAACCUUACUUGACAACCUACAAUGGAACUUACCUUCGAACAACUCUUCCUGCUAUGCAAAAUGUCCAAACUGCACUCGUAAAAGCUGGCCUCGGUAAUAAAGUAAAGGUUACUUGCCCCCUCAAUGCUGAUGUUUAUGAGAGCUCCAGUGGCUUGCCAUCAGGUGGUGAUUUUCGAGCUGCUAUCCAUGGCUUUGUGAGCCAACUUGUCAAGUUCUUAAGCGACAAUGGUUGUCCCUUUACUAUCAAUAUCUAUCCAUUCAUAAGCCUUUAUAAUGACCCCAACUUUCCAGUUGAAUAUGCCUUCUUUGAUGGAAAUGCAACACCUCUAAAUGAUGGUGGGACAACCUACACCAACAUGUUUGAUGCAAAUCACGAUACUCUUGUGUGGGCUUUACAGAAGAAUGGGUUUGGGAACGUCCCUAUAAUAAUCGGAGAAAUUGGUUGGCCCACUGAUGGUGACCGCAAUGCUAACGCACAACUUGCACAGCGAUUCAACCAAGGAUUCAUGCAGCAUAUAUCAGAAGGAAAAGGCACCCCUAUGAGGCCUGGGCCUGUUGAUGCCUAUCUUUUUAGUUUAAUUGAUGAGGAUGCUAAGAGCAUUCAACCUGGAAAUUUUGAACGUCACUGGGGAAUAUUUACAUAUGAUGGCCUACCCAAAUACUCGCUAAAUCUUGGCACUACAAAUUCAGGGGCUUUAGUUCAAGCUAAAAAUGUGAAAUAUUUGGAGAGGAAGUGGUGUGUGUUCAAACCCAAUGCUAAGGUGGAUGAUCCCCAGAUUGCGCCUAGCAUGAGCUAUGCUUGUGGACUUGCUGACUGCACGAGUCUCGGGUAUGGAACAUCUUGUGGAGGUUUGGAUGCACGUGGAAAUAUUUCAUAUGCGUUCAACAGCUACUACCAGAUAAACAAUCAGCUUGACGAUGCUUGCAAGUUCCAAGGGCUUGGAACUGUCACAAAGUCAGAUCCAUCAACUGGUACUUGCCGGUAUGGGCUCAUGAUAGAGCCAUACUACGGAGGUGCAGAACGACAACUUGGCUAUACAAGGAUGGCGUUGGCUCUACUUCUCUUUAUGUGGACACUUUUGUGAUUUCUCUUUUCUGGCUACCUGGUUUACUUCUUAGAAAUGAUUGUUGAUCCUGUUAUGUAGCACAUCACCAAAUUAAAUUUUUUCUCCUUCCCUCGACAGCCAACAUUGAUGUUCAUUUGAAACUUGCAUUAUGAAAUUAAUGUCUGCCUGUUAUUUGGAUUGUGAUGAGUUACAUGCAGAGAUUAACACAUGAUGAUUUGACGAGUACUGUAUUGGGGUAAUUGGCAUGCUGCUGAGUUCUGAUAUGUAUGAAUUUAUAUCAAGUGUUUUGGAACUUGGUUUUCCUGGCUA